AUGUCCCCCUCCACCACCACCUCCCCCAACGAAAAACACCACCACCACCACCACACCACCUCCCCCCACCUCCUCUCAACCCCCCCCACCACCACCGAUCUCGAAAAACAACCCCUCCCCCCUCCCGCCCCCUCCUCCCUCUACGCAGACACCGAAGACGGCAUAACCGACACCCUCCGCUCACGCGCCAAAGCCGCUCUCCAGACCUUCCUCACCUCCAUCAUCGCGCUCGAGGGGGUAUAUGAUUUCCUGGCUGCGGGGCUGAGGAUGGGGGUAUUGGCUGUGCAGGCGCUUUGUCUGGGUGGGGUGGCGUGGGAGCACAAGGAGGGGACUUUCACGGUCAUGCCAGUCGUCUACCUGAUCGUCAUGAUUGUCGUCCUGCAGAUGGUGCAGAUGGGGUAUUGUGUCUUGGAUGCUAUUUCUAAGUACACGAAAGUCAUGGAGUUUAUGCUGAGGAUUGAGGAGUUGAAUUUGCCCCGUGGGGAAGAUUUCGUUUGA